AUGACCCACCAGCAGUCUGAAUUCCUGAAAAGUAAGGUGGAUGGCUUUUGCCUCAGUCAGCUGCAAGGAGAAGUGGCUGCAUACUGUACUAAUGCCUACCGAGAGUGGUUUGAACGAUGGCCAGAAAUCGCAGAGCAUUUCAAAGAUGAUGCUGGUAUUACACUCAUAGAAAGUCAAUUGACAAAUGAGCAAAUGAAGCAGUUGGGUGUGCUCACCAAAUAUUGGCAGUUGCAAAUACGAUCUUAUUUGUACCAUGCAUCCACAACUUCAGGAAGGACACGCAUCAUGCUGUUCACUAAAACAGAGUACAAGGCCAAUCCUGAAGUCAAGGCUGAGAUUGUGACUCAGAUACAGAGCAACAACGACUACAAGGACAAGCCUUGUAUCUCCAUCCUUUGUUCAGAAGCUGCAAAGUCCAUGGCUGCUCGUGGGGAGGAGUUCAUGCAUCACAUGGAGAUGGAGGCGAAAAUUGAGUGUGCUCGUCAUGUGGAUCAGGCAAAGGCUGAUCUUGACGCCAUCUGCACACCCACUGAGGUCCUGAAAACACAGCAAGUAUUCAAUGUCGAAUGUCUAGAAGGCCUCAGUGGAGUGGUCGGGCAACUCUUAGAUGCUAUUCAUGAGACAACCGGAUGGCAUGGAAGUGUCUACCUUGGGGGACCUGAUCCACAGGUGAACAGGGAGGUCCAUGUCUUCAGUUUCCAUCAUUGGAAGGGCUCUUCUGGUUUCAAUUUUUGUGAUGCGCUGCCUGACCACCAUGGGCGCAUUGUUGAGCCAUUCACUGCUUUUUUGAAAGGUGCAUUCACUGCUAACACCUGCCAUCCUUCAACGAACUCAAGUGCAACUCCUCCUGCAGGAGAAUCAUUGGUCAAUGAGACUUCACACAGUGUCAGCCCCGAUAUUACCAUGCACCCUGAUGUCACCGCACUAGCCACUCCACAGAGUUCUACUCCCACCCUUGAAGGCCCGAGCCGUGAUGUCGUGCUUCUGGAUGGGAUCCACCAAACCCCAUCUGUGCCAUUGUUGAAUCCCUUGCUAUCACUGGAACACUUACUAUCUCUUGAUCCUAAUUCAUUGGAUUUUUCACAGGUGGAUUUUUAUUCGUUCAAUCUACCAAGGCUUCCCUCCCUACCUCCUUCACCUUUCGAAGCUCAUCCACUCUCUGCAUCUGCGACGCCUCUAGUGUCUACUGAGGCACUUGGUGCUUCUCACCAUCCUGCAAUUCCGACGGACCCAGCACCUUUGACAUCUCCUGUUACUUCCAUGGACUCAGCACCUUCAACGUCUCCUGUUACUUCCAUGGACACAGGGCCUCUGACGUCUGUUAUCACUUCCAAGGAUGCAGUGCCUCUGACAUCCGCUGUUACUUCCGUGGAUGGAGCACCUCUGACAUUUGCUGUUGCUUCCAUGGAUGCAACACCAACUAUUCCUCAACCAGAGUCUUUGGACCACACGGCAUCCCCCAUGUGCAUUUCUGUUGCAGUCACUGUGGGAAAUCCUGUAGAGGAGCAAGGAAUGAGGUCUAUUGAGACUCCUCUAGCGUGA